AUGGAAAUAAAUAAUGAAAAAUCAAAUUUAAACAUAACUUAAGUUUUCAAUACAAAAAAAAAAACAUAAUAGAGAACAUAAUCAGCAAUUAUAACAAAAUCUUAAAAAAAUAAAAUAAAAAAUACAGAUUAAGCAUAAACAGUUUAAUAAUUAAAAGAAAUACAAAAUAUUUAAACAUAAAAAUGUAUAAAAAAAAAAAAAAAAAAAAAAAUUUAAAAAAAAAAAAAAAAAUAAGAAUAAAAUAUAAAUUAAAAAUAACCUAUAUCAGCGUUAUGUUGGUCUAUACAUAAUGCAUAAAAUGGAAAUAUGUUAUUUUCUAAAAUGGGAUAAGAAAUAAGAGAAAUGGCUUCCUUGACAAAAAUGAUGACAUUAUAUGUAUCAUAUUAACUAGCCUUAUAAUUUAAGAUAAAUAUUGAAUAAGAAAAAAUAUUAGUACCAAAAUAAGCUACAUUAAUAGGAGGUACAAGUGCAUGUUUAUAAGAAAAUGAUUAUUUAUCAAUAAAGGAUUUAUAUUACGGAUUAAUGUUACCAUCUGGAAAUGAUGCUGCAAUAACUUUAGCUAAUUAUUUUGGUUAUUUAUUAUUUAAAAAAAAAAAUAAUAAGAAAUUAUAUGAUAUACAAGCUAAUAUUUAUAAAUUUGUUAAAAUUAUGAAUAAAUAUGGUACUAAAUUUUUAUUAAAAGAUACUUAAUUUUCAAACGUACAUGGUUUACCUUCUAAAAGUAAUAGAUCUUGUUGUUUUGACAUGUCAAAAGUAGCUUAUUUGUGUAUUCGAAUUCCUAUUUUUAAAGUAAUUUUUAAUACGAAAAAUUAUGUUUGUGAUAUUUAUGAAAGUUUUAAAAAUUAGAUUAGGACAAUUUAAUGGGUGAAUACUAAUAAAUUAUUAUGGGAACUUAGUGGUGAAUAUUAAGGUUUAAAAACUGGUUUUACGGAUAAUGCAGGACAUUGUUUAUGCCUUUAUUAUGUUAAUAAAUAAGAUAUUUCAAUUUAGUUAAUUAUUACUGUACUUUGUUCUAAAAAUGCUUAAAAAAGAUUCUAUGAUGCUGAAAAUUUAGCUAAAUGGGCUGUAGGGCAGAUUAAAUAAUAAAAUUAAAAAGUAAAUUAGAUAGGAAGGAAUAUUAGAUCAUCGAAUACUUUAAAUAAUUCGUAAUAUUUGAAAAAAAAUGGCUUAAGGGGUGAAUAAUCACUUUUUUUAUAUAAUAAUAAUUAUCAUAAACCUGUAAUUAUAUAAAAAAAUAUUAAUGAAGAUUAAUUUAAUAAUGUUGGUUUAUUAAAAAAUUCAUAUAAAUAGUAAAUUAAUUAUUUAAAGAAAAAUUAAUAAAUCAUAAAAAUUUAGAAUUUUUCUAAUAAUAUUAACGACUAUUUUUCAAAAGAAAAAAUGGAAUAAUUAAAAAUAGAAAAAAGUUAAAAAUAAAUUAAUAAUUAAAAUUAUUAAUCAUAAGAAUAAAAAAAAAAUACUUCAUAGGAAAAUUUAAACAAAUCAUUUGAAAAAAUAUAAUUUGAUAAAAAGUUUUUUAAAUAGAAUAAUAAAUCUUAAAAAUAAAAUAUAAAUAAUAAUUUUUUUUAAAUUAAUAUUAAAAAAUAUAAAAAUAUUGCUAAUAAAAUUAAAAAUAUAUAAUAAUAAUAAUAAUAAUAAUAAUAAUAAUGA